GCCUCGGUUAGCAACCAUUAUUGUUCAAGCUCAUCCGAGAGGCUGACAUGUUCAGCACCCUGAUUCGAUCAAUCGGACCGCAACUCAAGAAUUGGAAUACCCGGUCCCCUUUAUCCGCAGGGCUGCACACAAGUUCUGUGCAUUUCGCGGAACCACCAAAGAAAAAGAAACGAAUAGAUCCUGUAAUUGAGCAAAAUCGCUUACGCAGGAAAGUUCGAAGAAUUGAGAAGGAGAUCAAACGUUUCACUCGACAAGAACGCCAGCUGAAACCAGUGGAAGAGAUUGAAGGCGAUCGUCAGUUGUACAAGCAGUUGGACCAACGCAAAAGGCCAUCGGUUGACGUAAGCGAGGAUGAGAUCGAUCGCCGCGCCUCCUUACUUAAGGAGUGGGCCAGGUUUCAAUCCCAACGCAACCGUUCCGAACGAGAACAAUUCAAGCGAGCCCUAGAUGCACAACGCAGAGCGCUUGACUGGUUAUAUCUAACCUCACCUGAGUUGUACAAGGCUGCUAUCCAACCUUGUUUGACGGUUACAGAGCAGCCGGAUGCGAUACUGGGUCCGCGGACGCUCCCAAUCGAGGGUCUCAAGGGACCUUACUAUUCGGCACCCAGGGUGCAUGGCGACUGUGCCGACUGUUCUGCGGAAUACGACCCACCGGACGGUGAGAUCGUAGACUCCACGAUCGCAUUCAACUAUGAGUUCGACCUGGAUCGACAGUUUUUGGCAGACCCAACGAAGAAGGGUAAAGACACAUGGAGAAGUAACAAGGAUCCCAGCAACAAACGAACAACAGCAGUCACUUCGGAUUAAGACUGGAGUGUAAUUUUAUUAAGAAAAUAAAAUCAGUUCCAG